AUAAUGAUAUAACGGGCACGCAAUAUCCCUGAAUCGACCGGAUAUCACGUGAUCACGUGCUGCUGACGUUCGACAAGAAGUUGACAAAAGUGGGUGUCGCUCCACUAUAUCAGGCAAAGCACGUGGCUCACUUCCAGAGAAAGAUUUUCGGUUUUCGCCCAUCACUGCUGCAGCAACAGAAGGAAGAGAGAACAUUAUAUUCGACAACAUGGUUUCAGGACUUCUCUCGGGCUGUGUUUUACUUGUAGCUUUCUCACUAUACACAGAAGGAAAGGCUGUGUCAUUAGACAGACAAAAACGGGCGCCGGGGAGGCAGCAUCCCAGAUUAGGCCGACGCUCGCAAGAGUUAUUAGAAAUACAGAGACGACGAUGGCAGCACCCUCGAUUGGGCCGUAAGCGGUCUACGGAAGAAUCAGAACUCUGGCAGACAAAUGAUAGCGUGGGUGGUCCAGAAGCCGUGGAUAUUGACCCCGCGCUGAAGGAGCAGUACGUUAACCUCUUUGUAGAUCUUUUAUCGUCUGCCAUACAGGCGAACCCGGAACGUUACCAGAACUUUUUAGCAUACCCAAGAGGGGGUAGAUCAAGUAAUCCAAUGGCAUUCUCCAGGGACGCCCGUGCGAUGUUUAGUUACCCAAGGCUAGGCCGGUCCGGUGCUGGAUUCCCGGCUGAUGUAUUAGAUGGUCUUGGUUGCUGUAACAUGGGCGUCAAAUCCAUCAAUGGUAUGGCGAUGUGCUCCGCCAGUGAGUGUUGUGAAGGUCUACAAGAGUACCGGGACGUCAAGAAACCCUUUAUGUUUACUCUUUGCGUAUGGGAUAACUCUGCCGAAGAGGACAAAGCGUGAUGACUUGUGCUUUUAAAGCUGCUAAAUCUAAUUGGUAGCCUUUUUAUAUAUAGUUCUACAAAUAGAAAGCAACCAAACCUCACAUCAAGAGCCCUUCAAUUUCAUUUAAAAGACAAACUGUUAUUUCAUUGCACCGUUUGCAUUCAAAAAGGAACAGAGAGAUUAUUGCUGAGGAAAGCGAUGUGUUCCAUAUGGACAAACGAGUUAAUCAGUUGGUUGUGUAAGAGCUUGUUUUUUCCCGUCAAUGAAGAUCUCAGCAACAACGUAGCUUUGCUACCUGGCUGCUAUAUAGCUAACCCGAAUCGUCUUAACAAUGGGGCAGAUUAUUAGUUAAAUCUUGAUACACUUGGAAAAUAAUUUUCGUUUUUGCAGAAAUAAAUAUAAUGUUUUUGA